UUGCCAGUCAAUAUUUAUAGCAGGGUUCCAUUGCCUAAAGGCAUUUUCUUUGGGGAGGGGAUGAGUGGAGAGUUGUCAUUAAUGGGAGAAUGUAAGAAGAAAAGAUGCAUGUGUUUUCUUUUGGAGUUAAUACUUGCACCCAUCUUGACUUACUGAUUCUUGCUACCACAUUCAUCUGUAGGCACUUUCCUGGUAGAUAUUUGAUAUUUUUAUGUAGCCACUUAGAGAUAAAAUAAAGAAGGGGAAGAGGGGUGGGGGUUGAGACAAAGCACAAGGGUAUACAGCAAUGCAUUAAUAGGUUACAUUUGGACAAAAUUUAGGAGCUGGGCCUUCACAGCUUUUAUUAUGAAAACCGUUAGAAUAAGAUUGACUGACCGUAUGUGUUUGUAAAUCUCUUAUAUGCUAUUUGUUUGCAGAAAUAUGGAGACUAUCCCUUUAAUGUGCUGUAUAAGCAAUGGAACAUACUUAGAGUACAGUACAUGGAAAGUCAUUGAAUUUUUCCUUGCAGCCAUUUCUGUAUGUUUGUCAUUGUGAGAAAGCCAGAGUGACCCAUAAUGCCAGCAUUGGCUCCUGCUUGUAAGGCAUAUAAGCAGUGUUGUGUUUCAUUGAAUUGGAAGACAAGUCCUUCUCAUUCCUUACUUCAAAACUUAGCUCUCAAAUGGAGUGCUCUUUAAGAUUCCAGAUUGCAAAGACCUCUCUGCCACUCAUUACCACAUCCCCAGAGCCUAGAACAGAGCCUAGCAUAUGGAAGGUGCUGAGUAAAUAUUUGUGAAAUGAACAAAAGUACUUUGGAAUCUUCUCCCUUCUUUCCAGGAGUGAAGGUCCUACUUACCAUUAGGGGCAGGGCCACUUCAGUCUUACCCUCUCCACAGAGUUUGCGGCCCAUGGGGUCCCACUAACCAUUGGGGGCAGGGCUAUUCCAGUCUUACCCACUUCACAGAGUUGGCAGCCCAUGAUGAGCCCUGUGAAUGUUAGUUGUUUAUUUUAGUGGGGCAGACAUUGUGUACACACAUGAAAGAAUAUGGGAAUUUGGAGCUAAAUAAAGUAAUAAUAAUAGCUAACAUUUAUGUAGGGCUUAAAAUGUGCCAGACACUGUCCUAGGUGCCUUUACAUGUUAAUUUAUUUGACUUUUGCAACAAUCUUUGAAAUAGGUACAAUUAUAAUCCCAUUUUUCAAAUGAGUAAACUGAGGCACAGCAAUGUAAUUAAGUUACUUGCCAAAAAUCACAACGAAAAUAAUAAGUAGGGAGACAUGAAAUAUGAACUCAGGCAGACUGGCUCUUGGGUCAGAAGCUGAAUUUUGAAUCUGAAAACUGAGUAUCAUUUGUAACUCUUUAAGUAUAGAAUUCUAAAUCAGUAAUUCAUCAGGACAUAGAACAGUGACUGUUCAGUGUCAGAAAACUAAUGCAAAAUAAAAUAACAUUAAAUGGCACUUGAUAUCUUGCUAUUUUUCUCUUUAAAACACUUAAUAGAUUUAAGCUCCUAGAGGUAAUAAUUCACCAGAGUGUUGACAGCUUCCUGUGCACUUCUAUACAUUUGCUUUGUUAUGUGAAAUCUUGAUCCAUUUUUUCAGCUUGUCUUGGGCAGUAGAGUACACUGUUGGGGACAGGAAUCCUCAUCAAACCAAGUAAUAUUUCUUUAGUGGGGAAAAACCUCCAUAAAAUUAUGCUGUUCAUUUGGUAACAAACCUGGAGUGAAGUCAUUUUUGAAGCCAUGUGGAAUUAGACAAGGGCCUACAAACAAAAUCCAGCAAGAUGAAGAAAAGUGGUAUUCUCUGAAAUUCCAGUUUUGUAUCCCUUUGUCAGGAGCUGACUAUUAUUUUGUGGGUAUUGGGCAUCAAAAGAGUCACUGGCUCUAAAUGAUUACGCAGAUAGGAGAAUACAUACAUCACCCCACCCACAGCCCAGGAAGGAGAGGAGGAAGUGCCUUUGAAUGAAGCAUGGGCCACAAACCUGGUUAGCAGCCAGGGAAGACACGCUCUGCAGGCAUCUUACGUUGGAAACAGCACAGUUCGAGUUCCAUAUUAUCUUUGAAUAUGAGAGAGAAUCCUAGUUUCAGCAUGUCCUCAGUAGAAAUCAAAGAACCAGGAGGAGACAUCACAGCUUUCCCAGAUCGGGAGGAAAAAUAUGGAAUGUGUUUUACCGCUGACUGAACACAACCAAAUGAACUGUACUGACAGUAGUUUGAAAACCAGCAGUUAGCAGUUUGUUCAGGCUCUAACAUUGUCCAGCACUUUCCAGAGCAAACUCACUGUUUACAAGAACUCUCGGCCUUACGACAUUUAUAACCUCAAGCUUCGUUUAUUUAAAAUAUAUCUGCAAAAGAAAAGUACCCAGAGCCCACUUUCCAAAAUGGCCAUGGAUGAGUAUUUGUGGAUGGUCAUUUUAGGUUUUAUCAUAGCUUUUAUUUUGGCAUUUUCUGUUGGUGCAAAUGAUGUUGCCAAUUCAUUUGGUACUGCUGUGGGCUCCGGCGUGGUGACCUUGAGGCAGGCGUGCAUUUUGGCUUCAAUAUUUGAAACUACAGGCUCAGUGUUAUUGGGAGCCAAAGUAGGAGAGACCAUUCGAAAAGGUAUCAUUGAUGUGAACCUAUACAACGAGACAGUAGAAACACUAAUGGCUGGGGAAGUUAGUGCAAUGGUUGGUUCAGCUGUUUGGCAGCUUAUUGCAUCCUUCCUGAGACUUCCAAUCUCAGGAACUCAUUGCAUUGUUGGUGCAACUAUAGGAUUCUCACUUGUUGCAAUUGGCACCAAAGGUGUACAGUGGAUGGAGCUGGUCAAGAUUGUUGCUUCUUGGUUUAUAUCUCCACUGUUGUCUGGUUUCAUGUCUGGCGUGCUGUUUGUACUGAUCAGAAUUUUCAUCUUAAAAAAGGAGGACCCUGUUCCCAAUGGCCUCCGGGCACUCCCAGUGUUCUAUGCCGCUACGAUAGCAAUAAACGUGUUUUCCAUCAUGUACACAGGAGCGCCAGUGCUCGGCCUGGUCCUUCCCAUAUGGGCGAUAGCGCUCAUCUCCUUUGGCGUAGCGCUGCUGUUCUCCAUUUUUGUGUGGCUCUUUGUGUGUCCAUGGAUGAGGAGGAAAAUAGCAGGCAAAUUACAAAAAGAAGGUGCUUUAUCACGAGUCUCUGAUGAAAGCCUCAAUAAAAUUCAGGAAACGGAGUCCCCAGUAUUUAAAGAGCUCCCGGGUGUCAAGGCUCACGACGACAGCACCGUCCCUCUCACGGGGCCGGUUGGGGAGACAUCUGUGGCCUCAGAAGGCACAUCAGUGAUCAACCACCCCCGGACUGCCUAUGGAAGGGCACUUUCCAUGACUCACGGCUCUACGAAAUCGCCCAUCUCCAACGGCACGUUCGGCUUCGACGGCCACACGAGGAGCGACGGCCACGUGUACCACACCGUUCACAAGGACUCGGGGCUCUACAAAGACUUGCUGCACAGGAUCCACACGGACAGGGGCCCCGACGACAAGCCCGCCCCCGAGAACAACUACCGGUUCCUGCGGCGGAACAACAGCUACACCUGCUACACGGCGGCCAUCUGCGGGAUGCCCGUCCACUCCACUUUCAAAGCUGCUGACUCGUCACCUGCCCCCGAGGACAGCGAAAAGCUGGUGGGUGACACCGUGUCCUAUUCUAAAAAGAGACUUCGCUAUGACAGCUACUCAAGCUACUGCAAUGCAGUAGCCGAAGCUGAGAUAGAGGCGGAGGAGGGAGGCGUGGAAAUGAAGCUGGCGUCGGAGCUGGCAGAUGCCAGCCGGCCUCGAGAGGACCCUGUGGAAGAAGAAAAGGAAGAGAAAGACACGUCCGAGGUCCACCUCCUCUUCCAUUUCCUGCAAGUGCUGACUGCCUGUUUUGGAUCCUUUGCACACGGUGGCAAUGAUGUGAGCAAUGCCAUUGGUCCCCUGGUAGCCUUGUGGCUGAUUUAUGAACAAGGUGCAGUCCUCCAAGAAGCAGCUACUCCCAUCUGGCUGCUGUUUUAUGGAGGAGUUGGAAUUUGCACAGGGCUUUGGGUGUGGGGAAGACGAGUGAUCCAGACCAUGGGGAGAGACCUCACUCCAAUCACACCAUCCAGCGGCUUCACCAUUGAACUGGCCUCAGCGUUCACAGUGGUGAUCGCCUCCAAUGUGGGGCUUCCUGUCAGCACCACUCACUGCAAGGUGGGCUCUGUGGUGGCUGUGGGCUGGAUCCGUUCCCGGAAGGCCGUGGACUGGCACCUCUUCCGGAACAUCUUUCUGGCGUGGUUUGUGACUGUCCCUGUGGCUGGACUGUUCAGUGCUGCUGUCAUGGCUCUCCUCAUGUACGGGAUCCUUCCAUAUGUGUGAUUUCUCUUCUUCCAACCAGCAAACAAGGGAGAGUCUGGCAUGGGGAUGCAUGGGAGGUGUGUGCCCACAUUUCACACACGUACAUGCAUCCUGCCCAUGCACCGGCUGUCUCCCAACCAGCCUCUCCAUGCACCUUCAGAUGGUUCCAAACCACACUGUUCACCUAGGUGGUAGAGUCAUCUUCCAGAGCUAACUUAACUACUGUACAUAAUAAGUGCAUUAAGCUGGUAUUGUGGUGAUAUAACGUGGUGCAGUUACUUAUAUAUUAAAUAUAUAUUGUAUAGAAUAGGUAGCAUUAUUUCAAAUAUAUUCAAAACGGGAGUGGAGAUAAUUGCCUAGAUUCAAUAUUCAGCAAAUCUUUGUACAUAGUGAUUUCAGUGGCAAAUUUUGAAAACCUUUUAAAAGGAAAAUGUAGAUUGGAAAAUGCUGUUUUUCCCAUUUAAUAUACUGUAAGAUAGCUGAGAUACAGGAUGUGUGAUACAAAUUUGGGAAGGUGUACGAAUGUCAGAGUGCUAUUGAAUACUGGAACAGGAGUUCCCAAGUGCUUUCACUGAAGAGUUUGUUCAUAUACUGUGUAUUGAUUAUGUAAUAUAUCAUAAUUGCUUCUGUAAAUACUUAAAACUGUAAUUUUUUAAUGGUGUGCGCUUCCUAGUUUUUUUGAUCAGAGAAUUUUUGGAAAGUACCAAAGAAGCAGGGGAAUAGUUUGCCAGUAUUAUAUUUUCAUAUUGUUUGUCUCCCCUCCUUAUAGCCCUACCAUUAACCUGGGAUGUGGCAAGACCGCUGUGCUCUGGCCUGCCCAGAGCAGUGUGCGCAGUGAGGCACCAGCCCCAAUCCUGUGCUCGUCCCACUCCCGCUUCCGCAUCCCACCCACCCCCACCACUGCCACCACAUGCCAGAUAUUGGUCAGCCCUGCAGUGGCCCCUUCAUUAUCGUCAGUGUAGAGAAUGUACAGAGGAUGUGUACUCAAGCACUACAUGUCAAAUCCAGUUUUAAUUUUCACUCCUAUUCUCCCCUGCAGCCGGAAGGAAGGAAUUCUUGUCUCACACAUUGAGGCAAGUACUCUGACAUUCUGGAAAUUCAGGAGGGGGGGGUUGAAAUAUCAGACUAUACACUGGAUUUGAGAAUUCCCUUGAGGCCUUCACUAAGCUGAACAUCCUGAUGCUCUACUGUAGUCCCAUUGGAUUUUUUUUUUGAUAGCGGGAGGAAGUAUGACUAAUGUUAGAGCCUGAAACUAUGGAAAUGCUGCUAAAAUUUUUAUAUUUACAGACAUUUUCUCGGUACUUCAUUGUGAUUUUUCAUUAAUCAAUCAUAUUAAAUUUAUAAUAAAAAAUGCCCCUCAAAAGUCUGCCUCUGAAGUUCUUUUCUAAAUACCUAUAUAAUGAUUUUUGUCUAGAGUUUCCACAAAAAUAAAAGCUAUAUAAUUUGGUUACUUGAA